AAAACAAAACACAAAAGUCCACCCGAUAAGCGAUUUUUUGCCUAUUUUGAACUCGAACCCUCAGUCCUGCUUCUGUGGCUUGGUACCGAGGUAGUUGCACUUGCAGCUGAAUAAUUGAACGCCGCGCACACAUUCUCUAUUUGGGCAGAUCUUAUCGUGGCACUUUGGCCAUAUGUCCACUUUGUGUUAAGAAGCAGGUUCUUGGGUUUGCGUCGACAUGAAGAUCAAAUUGCCGUUACAUUCACGGCCGGCCACCGAUGGCGAGCGGAAGGACACCAUGCAAAAAGUACCGACCGGCGAGGGUUCCUUCAACGAGCAGGACGAUCGCGAUUGGCAAAAUGGCGAUGAGCAGAGGACAUGGUUCAAAUGGUGCAGACCAUCGUUCAUACCGAUUUCAAUGAUACUGCUGUUGAUUGUGAUGGUUGUGUUGCUGCCACUGCUGGACACUAACGAGAAACUAGCUGAUCAACGUCGAAAGACAGCCCGAAACAGGAAUGAUGUAUGCCUCGAGGGAUGUAGAAUCAGCAUAGUGGAGAGUAUUCCCGAGGGGCUAGUCUAUCCGAAAGGUAGUCCGUCGUUUAUGUCUACGUACGACGCGUGGAAGCUUCUGAUAAAAUCAGCUCAACAGAAGAUUGAAAUCGGUUCGUUUUACUGGUCGUUGAGACGCGAAGAUGUGUACAACCACUCGAGUGCCUGGCAGGGUGAGGACAUUUUCAAAACAUUGCUGGAGACCGGAACCAGCGGAAAUGUGUCGAUCAAGAUCGCGCAAAGCAUGCCAACUUCGGCGAAUCCCAGCGUGGACACGGAGAUCUUCACGAAACGCAACGCAGCCGAUGUACGAUCGGUGGACUUUCCGCGGCUGUUCGGAGGUGGUGUGCUGCACACGAAGGUUUGGGUGAUCGAUCGACGACAUUUCUACGUGGGCAGUGCCAACAUGGACUGGCGAUCGUUGACACAGGUCAAGGAGCUCGGAGUGCUCGCCGUGAACUGUUCCUGCUUGGCAACCGAUAUUGCCAAGAUUUUUGAUGUCUACUGGGACAUGGGAUUGCCCAACGCUCAGCUUCCAGAUCAGUGGCCAGCAGCGUACUCUACAAAGUACAAUGCCAACAACACUCUGUCUGUUCAGUUCGACGAUGAGUACAAAGUGGACACGUAUCUCUCGAGUUCCCCUCCACCGAUGUCAACGCGAGGACGCAGUCACGACGUGGAUGCCAUUCUCGAUGUUAUCGAACGUGCCGAGAAGUUCAUCCAUAUUUCGGUGAUGGACUAUCUUCCGCUGACCCUGUACACUCCAAAGACACAAUUCUGGCCAAUCAUCGACGACGCGCUUCGACGGGCCGCCAUCGAUCGCAAGAUCUCAAUUCGCCUGCUAAUUUCGUUAUGGCCACAUUCGCGGUCAUCCGAGCAGCGUUUUCUGGAUUCGCUGCAAGUGAUCUCCAAUUCUUUGCCCGGGGUCAGCAUCGACAUCAAGCGAUUUAUCGUACCAGCUGACGACGAUCAGCAGAAGAUCCCGUUCGCGCGGGUUAACCACAACAAGUACAUGGUAACGGACAACACGGCCUACAUCGGAACCUCGAACUGGUCCGGCGAUUACUUUAUCGAUACGGCCGGAAUCGGGCUGGUCAUGUCAUCUUACGAGGGUAACCGGACCAUCGUGAACGACCUGCAGGACGUUUUCGAGCGUGACUGGAACAGUGAUUACGCAAUUAGAAUGGACGAGUAGGUGGUUUAGCUCAAAUGGAUUUAUUUCUUCUCCUUUUCAUAAGAUUUUGUAGUUUUUU